GUCGGUGUGCUUGGUUUGUCCAAUUCUCAUUCUUUCAUUUUCCUAUAUUCACUUUCACUCAACUUUGCUCAUUUUUCUCUUAUAUUUCAUACAUUAGCUCCCAAAUCCUCUCCACACUAACACCAACACCUUGCAUUCACUCAUCUUGUGUUUUGGAUCACCAUGGAACAUAAAUCAUCAACAACAACCGAAGGACAACCCAUAAGAUGUAAAGCGGCGAUUUGUCGCAAAGCAGGUGAACCAUUGAGCAUUGAAGAGAUCAUUGUGGCGCCACCAAUGCCUGGUGAAGCUCGCAUUCGUAUUAUAUGUUCCUCUCUCUGUCAAACCGAUAUCAGUUUUCGGAACAUGCGGGUCCAUCCUGCCAUUUAUCCAAGAAUUCUGGGUCACGAGGCAAUAGGGGUUGUGGAAAGCGUUGGAGAGGAUGUAAUUGAAGUUACAAAAGGAGAUGUUGUUGUUCCAAUUUUCUUACCUGAUUGUGGAGAGUGUAUAGAUUGCAAAUCAAGCAAGAGCAACCUUUGUUCAAAAUUUCCUUUCGAGGUGUCUCCUUGGAUGCCUAGAUAUGGCACAUCUAGAUUCACAGAUUCAAAAGGAGAGAUCAUACACCAUUUCCUGUCAGUUUCUAGUUUUAGCGAGUACACUGUGGUGGACAUUGCCAAUUUAGUCAAGAUUGAUCCAGCAAUACCACCCAACAGAGCAUGCCUGAUCAGUUGUGGUAUAUCAGCAGGGGUAGGUGCUGCUUGGAGAACAGCAGGUGUGGAGCCAGGGUCUACAGUUGCUAUUUUUGGACUGGGAAGUAUUGGAUUAGCAGUUGCUGAGGGAGCUAGACUUUGUGGAGCAACUAAGAUCAUAGGUGUGGAUGUCAACCCAGAAAAAUAUGAAAUUGGAAAAAAAUUUGGACUCACUGACUUUGUCCAUGGUGGAGAAAGUGAAAAUAAAUCUGUGAGCAAGGUUAUCAUAGAGAUGACUGGUGGGGGAGCAGAUUAUUGCUUUGAAUGUGCUGGUAUGGCAUCAUUGAUGCAUGAAGCUUACGCUUCUUGUAGAAAGGGUUGGGGAAAGACAAUAGUUUUGGGAGUGGACAAGCCAGGAUCCAAGUUAAGCCUUAGCUGUAGUGAGGUACUCAUUAGUGGAAAGAGCCUCAUGGGAUGCUUAUUUGGAGGACUCAAACCUAAGUCUCAUGUACCCAUUCUCCUUAAACGCUACAUGGACAAGGAACUGAAUUUGGAUGGGUUUGUCACACACGAGGUGGAGUUCAAGGAUAUCAACAAAGCUUUUGAUUUAUUGAUUGAAGGACAGUGUCUUCGAUGCGUGAUUUGGAUGGACAAAUGAGUCCUUGAAUUAUGACAUGAAUAAGUAAAACAGUGGAUACUGCACUUAUGUGGUAUUUGAUGAAAACAUUUUCAUUGCUUCAAACUAAAAUGUGCCUCUGUUCGAAGGUCACAUAAUAAUAAUACAAAGAAAUACA